AACGUUACUCUACCGCCAUUUAUCGGGUCUAUAUAAAAAGUUCCGUUGCAUUCGCGACAAGAAUCAAACGUGCGACAGCGACCGCGAGUACAAGAACAAAAGCUUGUUUUCUUCUCUACAUAUCUAUACUCUGCUUUUAACCAAAGAUCAGAUCUACGAUGAGCCAUCACUGGGGCUAUACCGAAGAGAAUGGACCCGCACACUGGGCCAAGGACUACCCGCAGGCAUCGGGACAUCGGCAGUCGCCCGUGGACAUCACUCCCUCGAGCGCCAAAAAGGGCAGUGAUUUGAAGGUGUCACCGCUCAAAUGGAAAUAUGUGCCGGAGGACACAAAGAGUCUGGUUAAUCCAGGAUACUGCUGGCGCGUGGAUGUCAACGGCGCCAAUUCUGAGCUAACUGGAGGACCGCUGGGCGAUCAGAUCUUUAAACUGGAACAGUUUCAUUGCCAUUGGGGCUGCACCAACUCGAAGGGGUCGGAGCAUACGGUCGACGGCGUCUCCUAUUCGGGUGAGCUGCAUCUCGUGCACUGGAACACCACAAAGUACAAGUCCUUCGGCGAGGCAGCUGCCGCACCUGAUGGACUGGCCGUGUUGGGUGUAUUCCUACAGCCGGGCAAUCAUCACGCAGAGCUGGACAAAGUGAGCAGCUUGUUGCAGUUUGUUCUGCACAAGGGCGAUCGCGUUACUCUGCCCCAGGGCUGCGAUCCUGGCAAGCUGCUGCCCGAUGUGCAUACGUAUUGGACAUAUGAGGGCUCACUGACCACGCCGCCUUGCUCCGAGUGCGUCAUUUGGAUUGUGUUUAAGACACCCAUUCAAGUGUCUGACGAUCAACUGAAUGCCAUGCGCAACCUCAAUGCCUACGACGUCAAGGAGGAGUGUCCUUGCAAUGAGUUCAAUGGCAAGGUCAUCAACAAUUUCCGCCCUCCACUGCCGCUCGGCAAACGAGAGCUGCGCGAAAUUGGCGGACAUUGAUGAUUGGAUUGAAAGGGUCUUACGGUCAAAGUCAAAAUCGAAA